AGUAGAGUGUUUUCUCUAGUCAUCUAGAACUUUUUAGGGAGAAAAAAUUAAAACUAAGCCAUAAAAAAUGUCGAGAGAGAAACAACUUAUUACCCCACUAAAAGAAGCAAGGCGAUUUAUGAUUGACUGUUUUAAAGCAGUUGGAUCUAAUCAAGCCCAUGCUGAAAUAGUAUCAGAUAACUUGCUGGAAGCCGACUACAGAGGACACUAUACCCAUGGAAUGAAUAGAUUAGAAAAGUACAUUAAAUAUUUACAACACGGACUUGUAAAUCCCAAUGCCGUACCUACAAUAGAUAAAGAAACUGAGGCUACUGCUGUAGUCAACGGUAAUAAUGGCUUUGGAGCUGUUGUUGGACAAUAUUGUAUGAACUUGGCUAUGGAAAAGGCUAAAAACACUGGAAUAGGAUUAGUUGUGUGUCAUCAUUCAAAUCAUUAUGGAAUGGCGGCAAUGUAUGCUCUGCAAGCCAUUAAAGAAGGAUUCAUUGGAUUUAGCACAACCAACUCUCCAUGUCUGAUGGUACCCACUAGAGCAAAAAAGUCGGCUUUGGGAUCAAAUCCAAUAGGAUUUGGAGUUCCUGCGAAUGAUGGGGAUAGCUUUGUUUUGGAUAUGUCAACGACCAAUUGUGCUUUAGGAAAGAUUGAAAUGCAAAUAAGAAAGGGGGAACCACUUCCACCAGGAUGGGCUUUAGAUAAAGAAGGCAAAGUUCAAACAGAUGCCAAUAUCGCCUUUCAGGAUAAAUUAUUGCUUCCUCUUGGAGGAGAAGAAAUAACUGCUGGAUAUAAAGGAUAUGGUUUGGCUGUAUUCGUGGAUGUAUUAUCUGGAAUUUUAUCAGGAUCAAAUUAUGGCCCUUAUGUACCAAAAUUUGGCACAGUAGAAAAUCUAGGACAUGCCUUUAUAGCGAUUAAUCCAAAAGUAUUCGCACCUGGAGUAGAAAAUAGAAUGAGUGACUUGAUGAAUCUCUUAAGAAAUAUGGAAUCUAUAGAUCCAAAUCUACCAGUCUUAGUCGCUGGUGAUCCUUCAAGACAAAAUAUGGAAAAAGUUCAUAAAUAUGGAGGUUUAUCCUACGUCCAAAAUCAACACGAUACGAAUAAGAAGCUUGCUGAAAGGCUAAAUGUUUCACCAAUGAAAUCGAUUUGAGUGAUAGGGCAUAUAUAAGACAUAAAUGUUAUUUAAUUCAUGCUUUACAGGAUGUUAAACCACAACUUAGCAGAUAAUAAAAUGCUUCACC